AUGGACUCUCCUCCUCUACGCAGUGUCCAAGUACCCCCAGCCCAGGGCCAAACCCAUUCGCACACCGUCGUCUUCCUACACGGCCGCGGAGAUACCGCUGCCAACUUCCGCGACUCCCUCCAAUAUUCCCGCGACUCACAAGGCCGCACGCUUGCUGACGCUUUUCCUUCCUUCAAAUGGGUGUUUCCUGAAGCACCCAAAAGACAAUGUGCCAGUCUUCCCAACAUCUGGAACCAGUGGUUCGAUGUCUGGAAUGUGAGCAAUUUUGCUGAGAACGAACAGCUGCAGGCAGAAGGACUCAGAGAAGUGGUACCUAAGAUCCGCAACAUCCUUGCCGACGAGGCAAAUCAACUGAACGGGAGGUGGGAUAAAGUUAUUCUAAUGGGCAUCAGCAUGGGCUCUGCAACAAGCGUACACACAUUAUUCAACCUUGAUAUCCCAACCACGGAUAAGCGACUGGGCGCCUUUAUUGGCUUUAGCGGACGAUGCCCAUUUGCCGGCCAAACGUUUGAUGAGAUGCGCAUGACGCUUCAAAUUCCUUCAUCCCCCACACACAGUGAUGUCCUCAAGAAUACGCCUAUGCUCCUUGAGCAUUGUCUUGACGACCCGUUGGUCUUAGUGGAUUGGGGCAGGAAGCAAUAUGAGGUCUUGAAAGGGUUCGGAGCGAAUGUGGCAUGGAGGGAGUAUAGGACUGGAGGACACUGGUUCAACUCACCCGAUGGCAUCGAUGACGUGGUAGAGUUCCUAAAGGCUGUACUUUAG